AUGCCGUGGUGGUCUUUUCCUUCCGAUCAGGGUUCCCUCACAGCGCCACAGAGACAGACGGAACAGCUAAAGGGUGUUUCGGCGGAUGACUUCAGCCCUGUUAGAGGAAAUGCAGACGAGCCAGUCCGCUUCCCGCACGCGGAAAACGACAAAACAAUCGAGUCGAUGCUCGAGCUUGGAGAAGUUAUGAAGCAUAUCAAGCAUGCACCGUCGCCGGUCGAAUUACGCCAGCAGAGCCAAGGCUCGAGUGCGUGGGAGCCAUGGAAGCUUUCUACCGUUGAUUGUAUUGUUGACAGGGAAGAAAAGUACACUCGGCAGGAGGGUCGCAAGCCUGACGUAUUUCCCGUAGCUAUCAUGGACGAGACCUUUGGUUUCAUAGUCGCGGGCCUCGGCACUAUAAGCACAACCAUGUGUUUGGGGGCCAAACUGUUGGCCGAUAACAGUGACGCCCAAUCAGGACCUAGGCAGGCGUUGCUUACAGCUUUCAGCGCAGCCAUAGCCGAGAAGCGCACUCCCUCAGUCGAGGAGAUUAUGAAUAACUACAUGGUGCCCUAG